AUGGAAGAGGCGUCACACCAAAGCACCGUUGGUCCCGGGUUAGUUGAGGGCUCUAAGUCGCCGCCAUAUGUUGGGUCGGACACCUCACUGACUCUGCGCAUAGUAGGGACGCGUGCAGGCCGACGGAUGGGAGCAACAGUGGACUUCGGUCUCGCUCACGAAAUCUUUGGUCACGACAUACCCGAUGUAGCUGCACAUAAUCUUAGACUUCGGCUCGCCGACAUGAAUCGAAUUGCCGAGGAGACCAUGGUACAUAAUCUCUUGUGCGCUGCUGAUUGCGUUGCUGGUGGCGCCCGCUAUCGAUUUGUAGAUCCCAAUGGACCCCUUCUCGGUACCGUCUCGGAGGCCACGCCGUUGGUUGACAGGUACUUCCUCUGUCCUGAAGAGCAUAUGCGAACCGCCGAAGAGGCGGAAAGGCUGGCUACUGGAGACCGUGCGAAGUACAUAAUGGGCUGUAACGGUUGGCUCAUUAAUAGCUGCAGCAUCAAGAACUUUGCUGAUGUCGAUUCCAAUGUCUAUCUACGGCGAGAACUCGUAAUUUGGGGUGAUUCUGUCAAGCUGAGGUACGGCGAUAAGCCCGAGGAUUGUCCCUAUCUGUGGAACCGCAUGUUGGAGUAUGCUCGUAUGACGGCGCGGGUCUUCCACGGUGUGCGACUGGAUAACUGCCAUAGUACACCCCUACACGUGGCACAAGCUGUCCUUGACGCCUGCCGGGAGGUCCGACCUAACAUUUACAUCAUUGGUGAAGUCUUUACCAAUGAUGAAAAGACUGACAACCUCAUUCUCAACAAAUUGGGCAUCUGCUCUCUUAUACGUGAAGCUCUUUCUGCGCACGACUGUCAUGACGAAGGUCGAUUAGUGCACUACUUUGGAGGCCACCAUCCUGCUGGAGGUUUUCCCCAUGCUGUACUAAAGCGUCGCCUCCUACCUACGGUGGCACAUGCCCUAUUCUACGAUCAGACACAUGAUAACCCCGCUCCUGCUGUCAAGCGCACGGUCUUUGAUCAUCUUCCCUCCUCUGCCCUAGUCGCUAUGGCAGCUUGUUCCUCCGCCUCGACGCGUGGCUACGAUGAGUUGGUGCCUUAUCAGAUUGAUGUAGUCUCGGAGAGGAGAUUCUACGCAAAAUGGGACACGGAUAUAAAUGCCUCUACUGGAAUGAUUCGGGCGAAGGCGGCGCUCAAUCGUCUGCAUCGGUGGAUGGCUGCUAACAACUUCAACGAGACUUUUGUGGAUCAGGCCAGUUUUUUUAUAUCCGACACGGCGGAGUCGGUUGUCAUGGUAUCACACUCCUGCUUCUACGAUCGCAGUCCACAUCCAGUGCAUCAUCCCUUCCGUAAAAUUAUGCUCAACGGUCGUGUUCGACGCAUUCUUAUUGAAGCCCGCACUAAGAACCACUCUUUGGGCAAUCCUAUGGACGAUUUCAAGUGGAACGAUUGUGUAGGUCUGGAGUUAUUUCGUGGAAUGAAAUUAAAUUUACUCUGA